AUGGAGAUGGUGAUCUCCGAUAUGGGGUUCGUUAGUGACCUAUUCAGGCAUCUUCGCAAAAGUUUUCAGGCAACUGCCGAGUCGAAUUCAAUUGGGGAGCAGGAGCGGGAUUUGAAUGCAGAUUUGCAGACUUGUAUCGAGACUUGCUUGCUGGAAACAGUGAAAGGGAUUGUUGAUGUGAGGCCGCUGUUUGAUAUGAUGGCAAUUACACUGGAGAAGCUCUCUCCAGUUAGAUUUGUUGCAAGGGCAGCCAUAGCUUCACUUAUUAUCCUAGCCCACGUGAUUUCCUUGGCUUCUGUAUCUUUCCAAGCACAGCAGGCGAGUGGCCUUUUGGAUAUUUUUGUGUUUCCCGAAGCUCUCUUCAUUCAACUCCUGAAAGUGUUGUCGCAUUCUGACGCCGAAAUACGAGUCGGAGGGCAUCAAAUAUUCUGUGUUCUCCUAAUCCCAACCUACGCUCAUGCGAAGACCGAUGCUUUCAAGAAUCCAAAGUUGCAUUCCAAAAAUGCUUCAACAUUUUCCUCAAUUACGGCCCUGCUUGAAAAGCUUCGUCUAGAAGUAUAUGGAACUAACGUGAAGCAUGCAAACGAAGAAGGCAAGCAUCAGCAGCCAAACAGAGCUGAGGAUGAGUGGAAGCACGGGAGGUCCCACAAGAGCUCCCCUAAUAUGCACAUAAUAAGCUCCAUUGUCGACAGGACUAUUGGGCCUUCUAUCCUGAAAGAGACUGAACAGAAUUUUUUGCAAUGCAAUGAGGAUCAAAUGUCACAGUUGCUUUCAGCCUUAUGGAUAGAAGUCAAUCUACCUGAUAACCUGCCUGCUAAUAUCGAAGCUAUUGCACAGUCAUUCUGUUUAGCACUUAUUUCUUGUCGGCUUAAGAGCUUGAAUGAUACUCUGAUACUCAGGUUUUUUCAGCUUCCCUUGUCGAUAAGAACGAUUGCCUUGGACUCCAAUCAUGGGUCUUCGCCUCCAGCUUAUCGGAGGUCACUUCUUGUACUAUCGACUGCAAUGAUAACGUUUGCUGCUAAGCUAUAUCAUAUUGCCGAGACUUGUAAUCUGCUCAACUUGUUGGUUGAUUCUGAUGUGGACCCACAUGUCGGCAUAAGUGACGACUUUCAAGUCUAUCUAAAGUCUCAAUCCGAAGUGAAAGAUUACGGCUCUGCGUCCGAUAACGAAGAGGCUUUGUUGACCCUGGUCAGUUUGCGAAGCAAGUCUCAAGAGUCUGAUAAAGUCGUGCUUUCCUUAUUAGUUGAAAGUUUGUCAACCAUUACAAAGUAUGAGUCGGAAGACAUUGCUAAGCAGCUAAUGGAGGGAUUUGUACCGGAUGAAGUUUUUAUGUUCGGCGCGCAAUCUAUAGUCGACAUGGAUCACUUCCAAAGGGCUGCACACUCUAAGGGAUCACAAUCUUUUGAUGGGGAGUUUUCGGCAAAUUCGUUAGUUGAAGAUGAUGCUAUGAGCAUAUCAUCAGUUGCUGAUAUAACUCGUUUCAUACCAAAGGUUCCUGCUUCUCCUUCUCCUUCAAUGUCCCAUAUUGUCAGCAUUGGCCAGCUGCUAGAAUCGGCACUUGAGGUUGCGGGACAAGUGGCGGGAUCAUCCGUGUCCACAUCACCACUUCCAUACAGCGCUAUCACGAACCAGUGUGAGACAUUUGGCACCGACUCCAGAAAGAAGCUUUCUAAUUGGCUGGCCCACGAUAAUAUCCCCUGCCCCAAAACUAACGGCCUCGUCUCUCCUUCAUUUUCCGCCACAGGAAUCGAAAAGACAUCCUGCGGCGGACCAGUUGUAGAGUCUGUGCCGCCGUCCACAAACACUUGGCUAGCUCUGAGGUUGCCACCAGCGAGCCCUUACGACAACUUUCUCAGAGCAGCUCGUGGUUAA